GCUAAGAGUAGCAUUGAGAGCAGCAUGCACUGCUUUGCCGUCGUCGUCGUCCGUCACCCGCGCACAAAGCGCUGGCUCGCGGUGCAGGAGACGUCCAAACACAAUCGCCUCUGGUGGCUGCCAGCUGGCCGCGUCGAGACUGGCGAAACCUUUCCGGCUGCUGCCGUCCGCGAGACGCGGGAGGAGGCUGGCAUCGACAUUCGACUCAUUGGCAUCCUGCGCGUCGAGCACACGCCGCUUGGACCACAAAGCGACCGCAUGCGCAUCGUAUUUUACGCCGAGCCGAUGGAUGCGGACGCGCCGCUCAAGACGACGGCGGACGACGAGUCGCUCGGGGCGGUGUGGACGACCGUGUCCGAGCUCGAGGCGUGGAACGCUGCGGGUCAGCUUCGCGGCAAGGAGCUUCUGAACUGGGCCCUGUACCUCGAGCAAGGGGGCGAGGUCGCACCACUCGCUACGCUUGGCGCCGAGUCGAGCGGGCCAGAGCCACAUGAUACCCUGCACAUGGAGUUUCGCGUCUUUUUCCAGCCGUCCAAGCCGAAUUAUCGGUACACGACGAUUCCGCUCGCGCCGGUCGAAGCGCGAACGGACGUCUACAUCGUCCACAGCGCAGGCGUCGGGAUCAAGCAUCGCGGCGGAAAUCGCUUGGAGAUCAAGGUGCGCACAGUGGACGCUGGCGACGGCUGGGAAGCGUGGACAAAACAUCGGUGCGACGACGCCGACGUGAACGCAGCACUGGCGCGGCUCGACUUGGCGUCACUGCCCGCGCACCCCAGAGACGUCCGCGUUCAGAAGCGCCGUGUCGCAACGGUCAUUGGCGGUUUGUACCUCCUGGAAGAGUCGGACGUCGUCGUGAGCAUCGACGGCGACCACGCAUUGUGGAAGACGAUCUGCAUCGAGGGCACGCGCCGUGAAUGCGAAAGCGCCGCCGAGGCCCUCGUCCACGUCUCGCUCCGGCACGAACUCGUCUUUCGAGGCGGGUACCCGGCCUUUGUGCGCGACGUCGUCCAGCGACGCGCCACGUCACAGCCCGGAUGCGUCGACAACUAGCAACGUUUGAAAAAAGAAGGUGGGCCUCAACGAAUUAUUGGCAUCCUGCGACCAGGAAAAGGUGCCGAGGGGCAGCCAGCUGCACGCCCUCGCUUGGGUGCAAGCUCGCGCUGUGGCGUAUCCGAAUACAGAGGUUUUGCGUGGGCGUUUGAUACAGGCUGAAAGACUUGAUGCAUCCAUUGUCA